AUGGCCUCGAGCCCAGACACCGACGAAAAAUGGAGGGUCAAGUUAACGCCCGCGGCAACGCCUCCCCAGCUCGAGGCGCGUGAAGGCCCCGCUGCCGCUCAGUGGCAAGCGGUGAAGGAGGAAAUCCGGUAUCUGUACCAGGACAAGCCAUUGCGAGAUGUCAGGAGAAUCUUGGAACAACGACACGGCUUUCGCGCGACUGAGCGCAUGUACAAAGCCCGACUGUCGCAGUGGGGGUUCAGCAAGAAUUACUCUGACAAGGACUAUCAAAUAUGUGCCGUGUUGAACCACUUCCGCCGCAAUAGUGGUAAGGCCAGCACCGCCUUUGUCAUACAUGGUCACAAGCGAACUCUCAGAGACCUGCACAAGUACAUCAAAGGCCGGAAGAUGUCCGAGGAUGAAUUCCUCGCGUCCGCUCUCAAGAACAUUGACUGCAGUGACCAGCAAUUCCAGCUUCAGCACGCUCACGUCCGAGCCUAUACCCCGGAGCCUGAGGGCGAGACCAGCACUUACGACGAUCCACAGAACUCUGCCGACCCCGCGACAGCAGGCCGCUUGGGAUUCUCACCUCCAGGAACAGGCCCAGAGUCGGUGUCGGGCUCAUCGGGAUCGGGCUCAUGUCUCUUCGUCCAUCCAUAUACCCCGUCAUCCCAGAACCCAUCACCUCGCGAGAAUGCCUCACCAGAACCGCUUCUCCAGACUCCUACCACAAAUUUGACAUCUUCAGAAUUUCGAUCGUAUUCUUCUCGCCUUUCGCCGUCCAGAGAUAGUGCCGCAUCAGCCUUCAUCUGGCCGUCUCAGCAGACACCAUUUACUCCUUCGCCACUAAAUCUACCCGUCGUCACCGUUUCCGACGAGAUCCAACGUCCCGCCACUGGUCAGAACACUAGUACCAGCAUACCUUGCCAGCGCCUAGGGAAGCAGGUUGAAUACAUGGCGCUUCAAAUAGUCGACGCGCCAGUACUGAAAUCUCUUUGCGGACACGACGACAUUCGUUCCUGGAGGUUGAUGAGCGAUACUUACUCGACAGACUCCGAAGACUACGAAGUGGUCUGUCCAACAUGCCAUGAACUGACCCGAGACCAUUUCAUCAGCCUGCCAAACCUCGAACUGCCCGCUCGACAGGUACGGAAUAUCCUAAAUGAGGACAGCGGUGAGUCGGAAAGCAUCAUCUCCGUGCCUACUUCGACUCGAGGGCACGAGCACUCUUGGAGGUGGGUGGCGCGCUGUUUCGCUGCGUGCAUCUACCUGAGCCGAGGCAACGACACGUUAUCUCGCAUCAGCCUGGCUGAUGCGGACGCCGAGUUCGAAAAAAUGUUGAGCCCACGACAGGACCCCAAGGUGCUGCUCGCACUCAACCAGACGCUGCAGAUCCUGCACGUACACAACCAAGGCCGUAUCUCAAAGACGAUCAUGUCGUCGGCACACAACGUGGCCGAACGGGUACUUGGCCCCGACGACCCCUUGACCACCUGCAUCCGAUGGAUGGUCUAUGUCACCGACCUGAACAUGCGAGACCGCGAUAUCACCAGUUCGACACUGCAGCACCUGCACACCCAGUUCGUACAGCGACAUGGCUACACAGAUCCGCGAUCCAUCGCGGCCAUGUACUGUUAUGGGUAUAUGCUCAAUGUGGAGCGGCAGGUUGAGCAAGCCGAGUCGGUUCUGCGCAAAGUUUACGAAGUGUCGAGCGCUCACCUGGGCCCGCAGCAUUUGCAGUCUAUCUCAGCCUUGACAAACCUCCACCGCGCGAUUGAGCGACAGGGCAGGGUUGACGAGGCCAUCGCCGUCUUGGGAAAGGCCAUCGCCGACUCUCGGGAGACGUUGGGCCGGAAUCAUCCACGCCGGCUGGAAAGUAUGCGCCUGUUAGCUAUCUUGCAUGAAGGGUGUGGGCACAUGGAUAUCGCAGAGCGCUUGUAUUGGCAAGUCCUGGAGGGCCGGAUCAAAAUGCUCGGUCGUAACCACCACUACACCCAAGGCAUGAAGGUUGAUCUUGAGGCCUUUCUCAAGCGGACGGGCAAAUGGACCGUCAACUACAAUUCACACUCGGCGCGAGAAACCGGCACCAUCGAAAGCGCCGCGCAGCUUCGCAUACAAGAUCUGUUCGAAUGGGACCCUGACGAUAAAUGGUACGAUACCGAUACCCGAACAAAUGACUUGGAUGGCGGCGGCGGCAGCGGCGGCAGCAUAGACUCGGCCGAGGACACUCGUAGCCAGACUGAGGCUUUCUGA